CCAAUGCUUUUUUUGCCUCCAGAAAAACGAUCCGCUCUUUGUCUGCAGAUUCUUCCAUAUGCUCAAUUCCAUACCAGAAAGCUUCAGCGAGCCUUUCUGUCCAGCUGGGAUUGCUCACCAGCCUCAUUGGAUCGGCCAAUGCGUCUCCUUGUCCCAGUGCACCGGGCCUUCAUAUGGUGGAUGGACUCUCAGCGACAUUGGGUCAAUCAUCUCAGGGGUUGUCCGGUGCGGGUGCAGUCCGUCAUCUCCACGGCGGUGGCGUACAUCAAUAACCAGGGCGGCACCUGGAGCCCGGCAGUCAUGGCGGAGACGGUGCUGAUUCUCAGCUGGGCGGAGAAACAUGUUCCAGCACUGUCCACAGUUCACAUAACUGGCGUCGACAACUGGAUCGCGGACUUGCUCAGCCGGGAGUGUCUCGAUCCCGGCGAGUGGGCUCUUCACCCGCAGGUCUUUCUGGCCAUCUGUGAGAGGUGGGGUCAGCCGGAUGUGGAUAUCAUGACCUCACGCUUCAACAACAGGGUCGAGGACUUCGUCGUGCGGUCCAGGGAACCCAUGGCCCUGGCAUGUGACGUGCUGGUGAUCCCGUGGAGACGGUUCACGUUUCCUUACUUGUUCCCGCUUCUUCCUCUCAUUCCGCGUCUUCUCCGGAAGAUCAGGCAGAGGGACUGCCCUUUAUUCUCGUGGCCCCAGAUUGGCCGCGCAGGGUGUGGCAAUACGUUCCUAGUCUCCCUUCUCGUCGACUAACCUUGGCAUCUUGGCUCCGGAAGGACCUGCUGUCGCAGGGGCCGAUCUUCCACCCGAAUUUAGGGUCGCUACAUUUAACGGCAUGGCUGUUGAAGCCGCCAUACUGAAAGCUCGUGGGUUUUCGGAUGCGGCGGUCCAGACCAUGAUUCGGGCCAGGAAGCUGGCGUCUUCC